AUGUCAGGGGAAAAGCGAGAUGGUCUAGUGGCGUUCAGGAACGAUGGUGAUGGUUGGAGGCCAGUACGAGACUCCCAAAACUCCCAACACUCCCAACACUCACAACGUUCCCAGCUGCGCAUCCCACCACCGACAUCCGCCUACUACAUGAACCUGGGAGUCCACAAGAAGCACUUCCUUGCUGACCCGGUCCCAUCCAACAAAGUGGAGGUCUUCGCCCCAGCCCCUCCCAGCAUUCUCGGCAGCUUCAGUGGGUUCGGACACGACACUGUCAAGUCUCGUCACCCCGUCAAGCACAAGAAACCGUUCAAGGAGUUGCACCAGGCGGAGUCCAGGCCAGGCUAUACGUCCUACUCUCCUUUCAGACACUCAUUUGCACAACCUUUCCAGCAUAAUGACAAUGUUGGGCAGGCUUACUAUUUUGAAGCGUCUCUAAGUCCUCCUCCUUCAAGAGAAUCUGGUAUUAACCUAGUUCCUCCUCCUAGUUCCAAGGCUAUUGCUCCGAAUAGUUUCUAUUUCCAGCAAUAUGAUCAGACUAGGACAAAAGCUGCUCCGACAUUCUCCCCCUAUUUGAGGCAAGGUUUGCCUAUUUACACGCCUGAGUAUUUUAAAUCGACAAGUCCUUCUACAGAUCCGUAUAGGUUCUUUAGUCCGGAUCCACCAAGUAAACAACAGUUCAACCCAAGACCGACGGCUAGUCACACGACCAAUAGUCAUGGAAUUCCUCCCGGUAUCGACUAUUUCGGGAACAACCCUUUUGGUGAUAUUCAUUUGAACACUAAUAAACCAGACACUAAAACUCCAGCUAAGGACAUUUUUGAUCAACUGUCACACCUCGGAAGACCAUUUCAAUCUUCCACUCUUGAACCACCAAGGGUUUCACAGCCUAACGCAUUUUCCAGUGUAGGGCCAUUUGACUACUUUUCAACCGGGGGAAAUUACGUUCGUCAAACAACACCUAAACCAUUUAGACCGUCACCUCUCAUAAGUGAUUCUUCGCAAAGUACUGAACGUCCACCAGUGUUUGUAACGCCAGGACCCUCUCAACCUUCAAGAGACAUUUUUUCAAUUCCAGUUACCACUCUUGAUGUUCCGUCAAGGGACGAUGUAUACAAAUACUCUUCAGUAGCGAAUACUUACCAACCCUUUCGUGAAACGCAGCAGUACCAUGAGGAGGUUACGGGUAGACCAACUAAAUCCUCUAUUCUGACUAACACCUACCAGUCUGUUCCUGAAACUCAACAAUACCAAGAUGAAGUUACAGUGAAACCAUCAACCACUACUUAUUAUAGAAGGCCUGAAGUCGAAGUGAAUACUAAUGGAGAUAGCAUCUUCCAUCCAACUCCGUUUUUACCAACUCCUACAACAGAUCUAGACCACUACGUGGGUGAACCAUCCCCAACAGACGUUAUAACACCCUCAUCUGAAACUAAUGAAGUCAACAACCCCACUAGAACUCGUACCUCUAGACCACGCUAUAGAAAGAAGAAACCCUCAAGGAAACCUGAAAAUCAGAAGUUUGCUGAAAGUACGACAGAAAACAACGUAGAAACCCCUGUAAAUGAAUAUACUACUUUUAAUGAAGAAGCACCUAAAGUUACGACGUAUGACACGGAUCAAAACACGUACCAGAGCCAACAGUUUUCUGAGCAUGAAAAUGAAAAAGUCGAAGACAAGCCGAAGAGAAGACGGCCAGCUAGACCGAAUAACCAUCAGAGUACAUCUACUUUAACAAAUACCGAAGCAGACGUGCAAGAAAUUCCGACAGCAUUUAGCACUCUACCGGAAGAAGACAUAAAAACAUCACCUCCGUCUUCGAGUACAACAGAUUUUAACCAGUAUCAAAACAGGAGGAGGAAGAAACCCUCAAAUAGAGUAAGAGGGGUAGUCCGUCAUGGAGCUACGAGAAUAACAACUUCAACGGCAGAACCUUCGCAAGACAUAGCCAAUGAUUUCGCCCCAAACACAGAGUACCAAUUACAAAAGGAAACAGUGCAGACGGAAAAUUACCCAGUAAGUGGCCUAUCGUUUAACGAAUACGGUCAUAUAAUGCCCCCCAGCACAGAAGAACACAACUCAAACACUUUAUAUCCAACUCAGCAGGUAGAAGAUUUUCAAACAAACUACCACGAAACUGUUUCUCCCACAAGUGAGUCAACAACCACGACAACUACUACAACACCAGAGCCUGAAACUUCUUCGACAACACCAAAGUCAAGAAGAAACAAAUACAACUAUAACAACACCCGACCUAGGUUCAGCGUAAAGGAUUACAGAGAAAGACUGAACAAAGCCACCUCAACCACGACUGAAGCCCCUAAAGGAGAAAUAUCAGAAAACAACGAAUCCCUAAGAAUACGACCACCUAGACUGAGAGGCAACAUUAGUUACAGGCCGGAAAACCAAGACGACAAAGUUGAAACCAGCACUAGAAGAUUCAAACCAAAAUACACGGGUCAAAGACACGCUUAUAGAACAUCGACCACUCAGUCCCCCUUGGUGCAAUUGGACACUCCGACAACCACGGAGAGACAAAACACCUUCAAACCGAGCAAUAUACGUAGACCAGGUUCCAACAAGACAUCCACAGAGCCCCCUACUGGGCUAGCAGCUGAAGAAACCAUGGAGAAAGACAUAGCUAAGUUGCCUGUCAGACCGAAGGGAGUGUUCUCAGCCAAGAAGCGAAAACCUUUCCCCCUAAGGACCCGUAACGAACCAGAAAACAAAACAGAAGAAACCCAAGCAGAAACCGUAAACGAUUUAGAUCAUGAUCAGUACAUCACGAAGAAAUCUGAUAACAUUGCCACAACGACUUUAAUGACGAGUUCAGAAGAGGUUGAUUGGAAUACAGCAAGCUCGGAAAAGCCGAAGAUUGUAGAUUCCGCUGACCACGGGGAUAUUACUAAGAAGAUUGCCGACUUGACUUCUUCACCUAGCAAUGCUUUUGACUCGUCCGGGUUUUUCAAAUCUGGAGUUUCCCCCUCUAGUAGGAGAACAGUCGGUCACAUCACACUAGCAACAGACGAUCCGAUUCUCCCUAUAGAGGCGUUCUUUAGCUCUUCGUUUAAUAAAAAUGACGAUUCCAGGUAGUGGGGAAUAGACAACACGUAUUAAAAACUGUACCUGUAAAAUCAUUUUGAAUAUGUAAGUAUAUGAGUUUCGUGAUAACAAUUCAACCACAGUAUUCUAUUAAUAAAUUGUAUA